GAGCGCCGGAUGAGAGAGAGAAGUCCAGAUCUCUUCUGCUGAAACGGGUCUUAGUUCAUCUUUGCAGGACAAACCGUUGGAGAGAAGAUGCUUUCACUCUACGUGCUGAGCUUGAUUGUGACAGCUAGAGCAGAGCUUUUGCCAGGCUCCUGUAGCUUUCGAGACAGCAUAUGUGACUAUAUGUCCGACCCAGGCUUCCUCAGCUGGACCCUCGACCCGUCCGGACACUUCAUCACAGUUGAGGAGCGCGUCCAGGAGGACCAGGGAAAGGCGGUUCUUUUGGGUCCAGAUGUGGAUGAGCAGGACUGGAGCUGUUUCAGGAUGGUGUAUCAGGUCACAGCCGGCGCUUCCCUGCAGGUGCAGAAGCGCACAGACGGAGAGAGUUUCGAUCAGGUGCUCUGGACGACACAAAGCCCGUCUGACAGCUGGCUCAUCGCCAGCAUUGACCUCCAGAACUCUACAGAAACAUUUAAGAUUGUCCUUGAAGGCAAACUAGGAGAAGAAGAAGGCAGCAGCGUGUCCAUCUACGAGAUAAAGAUCUCUGACAAAUACUGUAUAGAGUGUGACUUUGAAGAAGCUCACCUGUGUGGAUACACAAACCAGAGGAACAGAUAUAUGAACUGGCGUGUGGGACGAUCAGAGGACGGUGCACUGAUAGAUGGGACAGGUCAGUACAUGUAUGUGGACUCUACCGACACUAAAAGCUUCCAGGAGGUGGCCGAGCUGGUGUCUCCCAUGACCACAGUGCCCAUGUCGGGCUGCUUGAGCUUCCAGUACCAGCGGGAUCACGCCGGGGACCAUCUGUUCUCCCUCUUCACCAGGGAUCAGGCUGGACAAUAUCAGGAACUGUGGAGAGCUGAUCUAGCUGAGAACAACCAUGUGGACUGGAGUCCAGAAGCCAGGGUCUGGAUACCUGUACAAGUGGACCUGAAAGCUCCAUAUCCUAUUGAGUUGGUGUUUGAGGGGGCGUUCAACAGUCCUCACGGAGGAGACGUGCUUCUCGAUGACAUUUCCUUCUCUCCAGAGUUCUGUCACGCAGGCACAGAGCCAACAUUUGAUCCAUCUAUUGCAAACUGUGACUUUGAGUCAGGAUAUUGUCAGUAUGUCCAGACACUGAUGGGUAGUCCACUGUGGAGGAGAGUGUCUGUCAAGCCCAACAUCUACAACGCUGGAGACCAUACGACAGGAGCAGGAUCCUUUUUGUUGGCAAACUCUCGCUCCAGUUUACAGUCUGGACACAUCAGCCGUUUGCUUGGCCCGCCACUGCCAGGGAAUCAGAAAUACUGCCUGAAGUUCUUCUACUCCCUGCGAGGUCUUAGUGGAACAGAUCAAGUCCUCUCCGCGUAUCUGUAUUACAGAGACGGUACUAAACAAGAGCAAAUAUGGAGCCAGAAUGAGAAGAUAAGAAAUGUUUGGAUUGCAGUUGAACUGACCAUUCAAAGUCAGAAGAAUGCUCAGGUGGUUUUCAUCAGCACAUGCAAAAAUGUUUGGAGUUGUGGUUCUGUUGGUCUCGAUGACAUUAAAGUCACCCUUGGGGAUUGCGCACUGUUAGCAUCUUCUCUGUCAGUCCCGUCUCACUGUGACUUUGAGACUGGUCUCUGUGGAUACACUCAGGAUAAGGAAGGAGACUCAGGCGACUGGAUGCUGGCCAGAGGACCCACACCAACAUCUUACACUGGUCCGAGAGGAGACCACACCACUGGAGGGGGUCAUUAUUUGCACAUCGAGGCGUCCGUGAUGCUGCCCGGACACAAAGCGCGCCUCUUGUCCAGCUCUCUGCGCGGCUCUAGAGAACCACAGUGCUUGCAGUUCUACUACCAUAUGUAUGGGUCAGGGAUUGGCCAGCUGAGUGUAUACCUCCAGACUGGACAAGAAAAUGAGGACAAAUUAUUGUGGACGAGCCACGGAGAACAGGGCAUCUCCUGGCUCAGAGCAUCCAUAAACUACCAAUAUGACCAACACCACCAGAUUGUGUUUGAAGCCACCAGGGGUGCAUCAGUAAGGAGUGAUAUUGCAAUCGAUGAUGUUAUUUUUGAAAGGGGAAUAUGCAGAGAAUAUACUGAUAACCAUAUCCCCCAUCUGAGCCUCUCUGGAAAUAAUAAUGAUAUUCAGUCAAUGACUUUUAAAUAAAGAGAGAAAGAAAAGAAUGAUGAAGAGAGAAAACAUAAACCGUGUGGAGUGCAGUGUUCUGUGAGGAUGAACGGGAGGGGACGGCUGCAUUAUGACCAUAUCUGAUCACCUGCAAACUUUUCUUGUGUAUUUGACUUAUGAACCAUUGGUUCAUUCCUGUUAUGCAGUUCCUCAUGCCUGUAUCUUAAUACAUUGAAUACAUCGUUAAAGACGGAAACCAUAUUAGUCACCUUAGGAAGCCCUUUAAAGAUGUCUUAUUUGCUUGUUUUAAUUUGUACUUCUGGAGAUCAGCAUGCAAAUCUGGUGAUUUUUUUUUUUUUUUUGUCAUUUAAAACUGAAAAUUUAAGAGAUUCCUAUUUGAAUAUGUGUAUAAAUGUUAGCCCUUCAUUAUAUGUAAGGGUGUAAUAUGGACUGUCCAUAUCUGAUUAUCAUAUUCUUUUGGCCGACUGACUGUACAUUAUCUUGCCUGUUACACAUCUACCGAAAUACAUAAAUAAAAAUAAAGUGACAUGAAAAAUUA